AUGGCCUCGCACGUUGUCGUGAUCGACUCGACCGCUCGAAGAUCGACCAUCAAAACCACUCCAAACAAAACUCUCAGCGAAGUCCUAGAAGAGGCGUGCGGCAAACUCGGCUUGAAUGCCGCGCAAUAUGGCUUGAGACACAAUAAUAAGCAAGUCGACCUCUCUAGAUCAAUACGCCUCUCUGGACUGUCUUCAGGGGCAAAACUCGAACUCGUCCAACUGUCCAAAUCCGCAGGUGUCGUGUCGAUUGCCCUCCAAUUGCCAGAGUCCGAGUCGAGAGGACUCCCCAACGCCCGACUCACAGACAAGUUCCCCAGUUCCACAACCGUGUGGCUAGUGCUCAGGAAAUUUGAAGCCGGAGUAGCAGGAGGAACUAACCCUCCACGGAACUUGACCGCCAGAGGUGUUGCGUCUACGCAGGAUGGCACUUCAGGUGCCGGAAGAUUAUACUAUGAACAGCCUGUGGUGCAGGUCAUGAAUAGAGAGUUGUCGUCCUUAACGGACCUACAAAAGUCACUGGCACAGCUUGGUUUGAACAGCGGGACUGCAUUGCUGAGGUUAAGUUUCAGGCCUACUGACACUCCGUUGGAAGAAGCCAUGGUUCAAAUUCAAGGCUACUUUGACUCUGUUGAGGGGCCCGCCAUUGAAAGAACAGAGACACAAGAAGCUACGCUACCAGAAGAACCACAGCGACCUUCGGACGACAAAAUUGAUACCACAGAAGACAACCAACCUCAGAAGGCGCCUGUUUCUCAGGACGACGCUCCCAAGCCUUCGUCUCCGCAACCCGAAAUAGUAUCAUCAUCAACAGGUCGCCAAGUUUCCGUUUUUAGACCUCCCAGCUCUCAUACCCCUUCAGCCGCUCUCAUAUCUCAUAAUGAAGCAGAUUACAUGCCAACCGUCGAACAUGCACAUUCACAUCAGAGAUUACUGCAGACUCAGGGGCGAAACCAACGGCUAGCCACAGAAGCCGAGUUGGCGGCACAGGCCAACGAAGAGGCGGCGAAAUGGGCGGCGGUGAAAGAGGUGGAGGUCAAAAUCCGGCUUCCAGAUCAGAGUGCCGUGAGCGCCAAAUUCGGACAAAGUGACACGGCUGCAGACUUGUACAACUUUGUUAGGGAGUGCCUCGACGAGAAGUGGAGGUCAGAGCAAUUCACGCUUCGAAGUCCGGGAGCUCGAGGCAAGAACGAAGUGAUCCCAGAUGACCCUGGGAAAAAAUUGAUCCGAGACAUCCAACUCAAGGGCCGAGUUCUUGCUAUAUUUGGAUGGGACGAUCACACAGCCAGUAUUGAGGCACAGAACACCAAAGCUGUACUGAAGGAAGAGCUAAGAGUUCAGGCUCAAGAUCUUACUAUCCCUGAUAUUCCGACAGUGGCAGAGGAAGCGUCCGGUGUCAAGGUGAACAUUGGAAAGCGGGAUAGCACCACCGACGAAGGCGGAGAGGGCAAAAAGAAGCUACCGAAGUGGUUGAAAGGCUUGACCAAGAAAUAG